GAACUGAGGAUCGUGAUGGUGGGGAAGACUGGGACUGGAAAGAGCGCUACUGGAAACACCAUUCUGGGUCGACCGUGCUUUCAGUCUGAAUGCAGACCCACUUCCCUGACCAUUGACUGCUCAAGAUGCUCCAGUAAUGCGGAUGGACAGCAGGUUGCUGUCACUGACACUCCGGGUCUGUUUGACACCAGAUUUGGAGAAGAUAAAACCAGAAAAGACCUGAGUCAGUGCAUCUGUUAUGCCGCUCCUGGACCCCACAUCUUCCUGGUGGUCAUUGCAAUCGGCAGAUUCACAGAAGAAGAAUUACAAUCAGUGCAAAAGAUUCAAGAAAUCUUUGGAGAGGCAGCAGACAGAUACAGCAUGGUUCUGUUCACUCGUGGAGACGACCUUGAAGGCACCAUUGAAGAUUAUUUGUCUAAAAGCCAGGACCUCCUGUGUCUGGUGUCCAGGUGUAACAACCAGUAUCAUGUCUUCAACAAUCGGCUGAAAGAUAAGAAACCUCAGGUCACUGAGCUGCUGGAGAAGAUCAGAACCAUUGUUGACAGGAAUGGAGGAAGUCACUACACCAAUGAGAUGUUC